AGCGGUUCAGUUUCGAACUGACAGUUCACCGAUAAAAAAAAUUAAUAAUUGGUUUCCAUUUUUUCAUCUGCGUUCGGCACAAGUACGAAAAGAAACAAAAUGUUUUUGGCACGACGAAUUCCUGCUGUUAUCAGCCGCAAUGUAUUUUCUGCCGGUUUAUUGCCUGCAGCACAAAAGCAUACAUUGCCCGCAUUGGGAUAUGAUUACAAAGCACUCGAACCAAUUAUUUCGGGUGAAAUCAUGGAAUUGCAUCAUUCCAAACAUCAUCAAACCUAUAUCACCAAUUUCAAUGCGGCCGAAGAGCAAUUGAAAGAUGCCGUACAGAAGAAUGACACUUCAAAAGUAAUUGCGUUGCAAGGUGCAUUGAAGUUCAAUGGCGGCGGUCAUAUCAAUCACUCGAUUUUCUGGAAAAAUUUGAGCCCAAACAAAUCCAAACCAUCAAGCGAUUUACAUGGUGAAAUCGAAAAAACAUUCGGCAGUUUCGAGAAUUUCAAGAAGGAAUUCACCACUGCAACAGUUGCCGUACAAGGAAGCGGAUGGGGAUGGCUCGGUUUCAAUAAGAAAAACAACAAAAUUCAAAUCGCCACAUGUUUCAAUCAGGACCCAUUGGAGGCUACAACAGGUUUGGUGCCGUUGCUCGGUGUUGAUGUCUGGGAGCAUGCCUAUUAUUUACAGUAUAAGAAUGUUCGUUUGAACUAUGUUGAAGCAAUUUUCGAUGUAGUCAACUGGGAGGAUGUCAGUCAACGUCUUGCCGCCGCUAAGGGCAAUUAAGUACCAAACACUUUUGCAUUGACCAGUUAUAGGAUUGAUGAUUUUGAAUAAACCUAUUUUUUCAAUAAAAAAAAUGUGAAAUUUUCCAAUCAAAUUGGAUGCAUACUUUAAAAGUCAAAUGUAAUAAAAGAAUUAUGCUUUA